AUGAAGCCGAUCUUUGGUGUUAUGCAAGCAUGGUCAUGCAUUGUGAUCUCCUGCUUCGCCAUUGUGAUCCUAUCCGUCAUCGGCGCCCUCUUCAAAGCAAACCACCACUCCAUGACCGGCACGAUAGAAGAUCCAGAGAACCAUGCCGCCGUCGCCGCAACCGUCUUCUCCGCUGUGAUAGUCUAUGCUGUAGGUUUACAAUAUUCCGGACUACUCUUCCAACAUCAUCACGUCUCUACCAUCUAUAUUCCAAUGGUUCUGUGA